AUGGCGAGAAGCUUGUUUCUCAUGCUAUUUGCAGUAGCCACCUUGCUUCAUGGCUCCAUGGCACAGACCCGACACGUGGUGGGUGAUUCCGCCGGCUGGACCAUCCCUUAUGGGGGUGCUGCAACCUACACCGCCUGGGCUUCCGACAAAACCUUCGUCGUAGGUGAUACUCUCGUGUUUAACUUCACAAACGGCCAUCACGACGUAGCCAAGGUGACGAAAUCAGUUUAUGACGCAUGCAACGGUGCGAGCACCCUUUUCACCCUUACCUCCGGUCCAGCGACCGUGGCGCUGAACGAGACAGGGGAACAAUAUUACAUUUGCACCUUCGGAUCACAUUGUUCCCUUGGUCAGAAAUUGACAAUUAACGUUGUUAACAGACCCAGUAGGAGUGGUUCUCCACCAAGGGCUAGCCCUGUCCCCACACCAACACAAGCACCAAGCACUGUGCCAGCCCCUCCUCCAGGUCCAUCAACUGGACCAGUUACUUUCAUUGUUCGAGAGAGCUUAGGCUGGAUCGUUCCUACUAACGGUGCUGCAACUUACGCAUCUUGGGCAUCUGACAAGACCUUCAGGGUUGGAGACAUACUAGUGUUCAACUACCGAUCUAACAGACACAACGUAGAGGAAGUGACGAAGGAGAAUUUUGAUUCUUGCAACUCAACCUCUCCUCUUGCCACUUACACCACUCCACCUGCGAGAGUGACCCUCAACAAAUCUGGUGCUCACUACUUCAUCUGUGGAGCUCCAGGGCACUGUCAAGGAGGCCAAAAACUCGCCAUCAAUGUCACCGGAAAUAGUAGCAGUGCCACCACCGCCAGCUCUCCUUCCCCCUCUCUCACCACCAAUCCUUCUACCCCUUCUCCCGCAAGCUCUCUCGUCGUCCCUCUGCCACAGAACUCUGAAGCUGCAUCUAUCGAACUUGCUGGAGUUUCUGCUACCCUUCUUUCACUUGUCGCGGCUUUCUUCUAUUAG